GCCCUGUUCUAAUCGCCAGCCAGCCAGCCAGCCUUGGACAGCGAAAGGGCCGUGUCGCGGCCUCUCCGCCUAGUCCGUCCCACAGCUAGGACGGGUUCCUUCGGCUCUGGCGUCAACCAUGCCCAACGCGAACCCAGCUGACCAUGCUCAUAUACACCCAUUGACUGCUCAAGACGCCUAUCACAUGCCCUCCAUCCCGGGCGUCAAACCCUGAGGCCUGUACGAGCUUAUGCGCGAAUUGCCGUCAACCAGAGGACAUGAUCCAACGAGCCUGUGCUCCAGCCAUCCGUUUCGUUGUAGCAAAGGGAGCCAAGGGCCAGAGCGCUACAGUUUUACAUCUCAGCUGCCAUGUCAAGCCAGGGGUAAACUCGAUCCGAGAAGGCGUGGCAUCUGUGUCAGAUGAGAGCAUCGAAGUCUGCGUAGCCGCGCAGCCAAGAGACGGAGAAUCGAACAAGUCUGUUAGACAAGUCAUUGCCGAUGCACUCGGGGUGCCCAAAUCCAAUGUCACAAUUACCAAGGGGAUGAAAAGUCGGGAAAAGACGGUCGCUGUAGAUUUUGCGGAAACAAAGGGCACAUUAGAAGACGAGGUCGAGCGGAUUAAGAAUAUGUUAUUAGGAAGCGCGAGUCGUUAAGGACUGUCAUAUGUACAUUCAAGCGCAUUGAAUCCCAAGCAAUCAGGUCCAUAGGUACCACCCUGCACCUGACCAAAGACCUUAUAUCCCUCUCCCUCGCCAGCAGGGCAAGCUACAAAGCCC